CGUGGAGGCCGCCCGGCCGGGCUAGCCGAGCGGCAGCCCGCGGAGUCCGGUCCUGAGGUGAUUUUAUCUGUAAGUCAUAUGACGUUGGUCCUGGGAGGACCGUAAGAAGUGAAAACAGCCAGCAGAGGCCCAGCCUCCUGACCCCAGCGCUGCGCAUGGGGCCAUGGCCCUGCUCCCCGGGCGCGGAGCCCCCUGGCGGCGGCGGGGCCCGCGCCCGGCACGUCAUCAUCAAUGUAGGCGGCUGCAGGGUGCGCCUGGCCUGGGCCGCGCUGGCACGCUGUCCCCUCGCGCGCCUCGAGCGCCUGCGCGCCUGCCGCGGCCACGACGAGCUGCUGCGUGUGUGCGACGACUACGACGUGAGCCGCGACGAGUUCUUCUUCGACCGCAGCCCGUGCGCCUUCCGCGCCAUCGUGGCGCUGCUGCGCGCCGGCAAGCUGCGGCUGCUGCGCGGCCCGUGCGCGCUGGCCUUCCGGGACGAGCUGGCCUACUGGGGCAUCGACGAGGCGCGGCUGGAGCGCUGCUGCCUGCGCCGCCUGCGCCGCCGGGAGGAGGAGGCGGCCGAGGCGCGCGCGGGGCCGGCGGAGCGCGCAGUGCCAGGGAGUCCCGGCUGCGCCCUGGCGCCACACGGGCGUCUGGCGCGCGGCCGUCGGCGACUGCGCGACGUGGUGGACAACCCGCACUCGGGGCUGGCCGGCAAGCUCUUCGCCUGCGUGUCUGUGGCCUUCGUGGCCGUCACGGCGGUCGGCCUCUGCCUGAGCACCAUGCCGGACAUCCGCGCGGAGGAGGAGCGGGGCGAGUGCUCCCGCAAAUGCCACAACCUCUUCGUGAUGGAGACGGUGUGCGUGGCCUGGUUCUCCUUGGAGUUCCUGCUGCGCUCGCUGCAGGCCGAGAACAAGUGCGCCUUCCUGCGGACGCCGCUCAAUAUCAUCGACAUCCUGGCCAUCCUGCCCUUCUACGUGUCGCUGCUCGUGGGCCUCGCGGCGGGCGGCACGGCGCGGGCAGGCGCGAGCGCGGGUGGCAACAAGCUGCUGGAGCGCGCGGGGCUGGUGCUGCGGCUGCUGCGCGCGCUGCGCGUGCUCUACGUGAUGCGCCUGGCGCGCCACUCGCUCGGCCUGCGCUCGCUCGGCCUGACCGUGCGCCGCUGCGCGCGCGAGUUCGGGCUGCUGCUGCUCUUCCUCUGCGUGGCCAUGGCCCUGUUCGCGCCGCUCGUGCACCUGGCCGAGCGCGAGCUGGGCGCGCGCCGAGACUUCACCAGCGUGCCGGCCAGCUACUGGUGGGCGGUCAUCUCCAUGACCACCGUGGGCUACGGCGACAUGGUGCCCCGCAGCGUGCCCGGGCAGGUGGUGGCGCUGAGCAGCAUCCUCAGCGGCAUCCUGCUCAUGGCCUUCCCGGUCACCUCCAUCUUCCACACCUUCUCGCGCUCCUACUCGGAGCUCAAAGAGCAGCAACAGCGCACCGCCAGCCCCGAGCCGGCCCUGCGCGAGGACAGCACGCGCUCCGCCAGCGCCACGGAGGACAGCUCGCAAGAUCCCGAAGGCUCCAGCGAGACUGGGGACUCGGCGGACCUCGCUUGGGCGCGCACAGGGCCAGCCUGACCUGGGCGGACACCCGGUGCUCAGGGGCGGCCGCGGCUGUCCAUCACAGGAGGCUGCCCGUCACAAGCUUUAGAAACAGAACUACAGCCCUAGCCUCCCACCGCGCAGAGGGAGAGGAACCGACCUUAGGGGCAGCAGCUCCCAAAGCCCUGAAGGGCCUCGCUCCUGUUGCCCCGUAUCCGGUCCAAGUGCAUGUUGCUGCGACCAGUGAGGCCCAGAACUCGCCUAGGAGUCAGAGGUGAUGUUAAAAGCCAACCUGUGCUUUGAGCAAAUUUCCCAGAGGGCACCCCAUCCUGUCCUCCUUCCUUUUAUUUCCCUUUGGCGUUCUGACUCUAUGGCUAGCUAAAAAUAAAUUCCAGAAGUCCCAGAA